AUGGGGAGCCGCCGCGUGGACCAAGGAGGUUCCCCAUCAGGUUCCCCAUCAGGUUCCCCAUCAGGUUCCCCAUCAGGUUCCCCAUCAGGUUCCCCAUCAGGUUCCCCAUCAGGUUCCCCAUCAGGUUCCCCAUCAGGUUCCCCAUCAGGUUCCCCAUCAGGUUCCCCAUCAGGUUCCCCAUCAGGUUCCCCAUCAGGUUCCCCAUCAGGUUCCCCAUCAGGUUCCCCAUCAGGUUCCCCAUCAGGUUCCCCAUCAGGUUCCCCAUCAGGUUCCCCAUCAGGUUCCCCAUCAGGUUCCCCAUCAGGUUCCCCAUCAGGUUCCCCAUCAGGUUCCCCAUCAGGUUCCCCAUCAGGUUCCCCAUCAGGUUCCCCAUCAGGUUCCCCAUCAGGUUCCCCAUCAGGUUCCCCAUCAGGUUCCCCAUCAGGUUCCCCAUCAGGUUCCCCAUCAGGUUCCCCAUCAGGUUCCCCAUCAGGUUCCCCAUCAGGUUCCCCAUCAGGUUCCCCAUCAGGUUCCCCAUCAGGUUCCCCAUCAGGUUCCCCAUCAGGUUCCCCAUCAGGUUCCCCAUCAGGUUCCCCAUCAGGUUCCCCAUCAGGUUCCCCAUCAGGUUCCCCAUCAGGUUCCCCAUCAGGUUCCCCAUCAGGUUCCCCAUCAGGUUCCCCAUCAGGUUCCCCAUCAGGUUCCCCAUCAGGUUCCCCAUCAGGUUCCCCAUCAGGUUCCCCAUCAGGUUCCCCAUCAGGUUCCCCAUCAGGUUCCCCAUCAGGUUCCCCAUCAGGUUCCCCAUCAGGUUCCCCAUCAGGUUCCCCAUCAGGUUCCCCAUCAGGUUCCCCAUCAGGUUCCCCAUUAUCUUCCCCAUCAGGUUCCCCAUCAGGUUCCCCAUCAGGUUCCCCAUCAGGUUCCCCAUCAGGUUCCCCAUCAGGUUCCCCAUCAAGUUCCCCAUCAGGCUCCCCAUUAUCUUCCCCAUCAGGUUCCCCAUCAGGUUCCCCAUCAGGUUCCCCAUCAGGUUCCCCAUUAUCUUCCCCAUCAGGUUCCCCAUCAGGUUCCCCAUCAGGUUCCGCAUCAGGUUCCUCAUCAAGUUCCCCAUCAGGUUCCCCAUCAGGUUCCCCAUCAGGUUCCCCAUCAGGUUCCCCAUCAGGUUCCCCAUCAGGUUCCCCAUUAUCUUCCCCAUCAGGUUCCCCAUCAGGUUCCCCAUCAGGUUCCCCAUCAGGUUCCCCAUCAGGUUCCCCAUCAGGUUCCCCAUCAGGUUCCCCAUCAGGUUCCCCAUCAGGUUCCCCAUCAGGUUCCCCAUCAGGUUCCCCAUCAGGUUCCCCAUCAGGUUCCCCAUCAGGUUCCCCAUUAUCUUCCCCAUCAGGUUCCCCAUCAGGUUCCCCAUCAGGUUCCCCAUCAGGUUCCCCAUCAGGUUCCCCAUCAGGUUCCCCAUCAGGUUCCCCAUCAGGUUCCCCAUCAGGUUCCCCAUUAUCUUCCCCAUCAGGUUCCCCAUCAGGUUCCCCAUCAGGUUCCCCAUCAGGUUCCCCAUCAGGUUCCCCAUCAGGUUCCCCAUCAGGUUCCCCAUCAGGUUCCCCAUCAGGUUCCCCAUUAUCUUCCCCAUCAGGUUCCCCAUCAGGUUCCCCAUCAGGUUCCCCAUCAGGUUCCCCAUCAGGUUCCCCAUCAGGUUCCCCAUCAGGUUCCCCAUCACUUUCCCCAUCAAUUUCCCCAUCAGGUUCCCCAUCAGGUUCCCCAUCAGGUUCCCCAUCAGGUUCCCCAUCAGGUUCCCCAUCAGGUUCCCCAUCAGGUUCCCCAUCAGGUUCCCCAUCAGGUUCCCCAUCAGGUUCCCCAUCAGGUUCCCCAUCAGGUUCCCCAUCAGGUUCCCCAUCAGGUUCCCCAUCAGGUUCCCCAUCAGGUUCCCCAUCAGGUUCCCCAUCAGGUUCCCCAUCAGGUUCCCCAUCAGGUUCCCCAUCAGGUUCCCCAUCAGGUUCCCCAUCAGGUUCCCCAUCAGGUUCCCCAUCAGGUUCCCCAUCAGGUUCCCCAUCAGGUUCCCCAUCAGGUUCCCCAUCAGGUUCCCCAUCAGGUUCCCCAUUAUCUUCCCCAUCAGGUUCCCCAUCAGGUUCCCCAUCAGGUUCCCCAUCAGGUUCCCCAUCAGGUUCCCCAUCAGGUUCCCCAUCAGGUUCCCCAUCAGGUUCCCCAUCAGGUUCCCCAUCAGGUUCCCCAUCAGGUUCCCCAUCAGGUUCCCCAUCAGGUUCCCCAUCAAGUUCCCCAUCAGGUUCCCCAACCCAUAAGGUUCCCCAUCAGGUUCCCCAUCAGGUUCCCCAUCAGGUUCGCCACCCCAUAAGGUUCCCCAUCAGGUUCCCCAUCAGGUUCCCCAUCAGGUUCCCCAUCAGGUUCCCCAUCAGGUUCCCCACCCCAUCAGGUUCCCCAUUAUCUUCCCCAUCAGGUUCCCCAUCAGGUUCCCCAUCAGGUUCCCCAUCAGGUUCCCCAUCAGGUUCCCCAUCAGGUUCCCCAUCAGGUUCCCCAUCAGGUUCCCCAUUAUCUUCCCCAUCAGGUUCCCCAUCAGGUUCCCCAUCAGGUUCCCCAUCAGGUUCCCCAUCAGGUUCCCCAUCAGGUUCCCCAUCAGGUUCCCCAUCAGGUUCCCCAUCAGGUUCCCCAUCAGGUUCCCCAUCAGGUUCCCCAUCAGGUUCCCCAUCAGGUUCCCCAUCAGGUUCCCCAUCAGGUUCCCCAUCAGGUUCCCCAUCAGGUUCCCCAUCAGGUUCCCCAUCACUUUCCCCAUCAGGUUCCCCAUCAGGUUCCCCAUCAGGUUCCCCAUCACUUUCCCCAUCAGGUUCCCCAUCAGGUUCCCCAUCAGGUUCCCCACCCCAUAAGGUCCCCCAUCAGUUCCCCCAUCAGGUUCCCCCAUCAGGUUCCCCCAUCAGUUCCCCCAUCAGGUUCCCCCAUCAGUUCCUCUAUCAGGUUCCCCCGUCAGGUUCCCCCAUCAGUUCCCCCAUCAGGUUCCCCCAUCAGUUCCCCCAUCAGUUCCCCCAUCAGGUUACCCCAUCAGGUUCCCCCAUCAGUUCCCCCAUCAGGUUCCCCCAUCAGGUUCCCCCAUCAGUUCCCCCAUCAGGUUCCCCCAUCAGGUUCCCCCAUCAGUUCCCCCAUCAGGUUCCCCCAUCAGGUUCCCCCAUCAAGUUCCCCGGGGGAACAGCCAACACAGCAGCAGACAAGCGCACAGAGGAGAUUGUGUCAGAAGCAGCAACGGAAACGGACUCGGAAACACAGCAGCAGACACGCGCACAGAGGAGAUUGUCCACGUACCGUACUGCCAUGGCGAGCCUUGUGGUGCGGAUCCUCCCUUGCACAGCACCUCUUCGAGAAGCACCAUCCCUUGGCAUGCCUGUUGCUGUGCCCUUGGGCCUCAGUGCAGGAGGCUCACACCGGCACCACAGCAGCCAACACAGCACAGACACGAGUAGAGAGGAGAGUGUGUCAGAAGCAGCAGGGAAAAAGGACUCGAAAGAAACAGAAAUCAAUUCUAAGACUUGCCGCACGGCGACCUAG